AUGGCUCCGACAAACCACUUCGCCUUUUUGGCGCUGUCAUUCCUUCUUUCUGGUCCAUUUGCAGCUGCUGACUGUAACAUUUCGGGCAACUACACCAUUAUCGAUUCACCAGAUGGACAAGACGGAAUCUCAUCCUGCAAAGACGUCGACGGAUCAUUAUCACUUCUUUUCGACAAGAGCCCUACAUCAUGGCCUUCCGACGAGGCAACCGUCGAUCUCGGAACCGUUAGUUCUCUUACUGGCAGCCUGGACAUUUACCCCCACCACCAUUCCAAAAAGACAACAGUUACAGCCUCGAGUUUAAAGUCCAUCGACGGCGAAUUCACGAUAUGGAACACGGGAACCGGCAAAGACAAAACAGUUGAGGAGCUUGACUUGCUCUUCGAUGCCCUGGAACAAGUCGGCAAGGGCUAUGUCAUCACCAGCGCUUUCGCCAAGCUGUCCAUCCAGCACAAGAAAGAUGUCGAGGUCGGCGCUAUGAUGAGAGUCACCGAAACCGAAGUCGAGGAGCUCGUGCUCAACGGAAUCCAUACCGUCAACGGCGAUUUUAUGAUUGACUCCAACAGAGACAUGGAGGAAUUGGAUGUCCCAGCCCUGACCUACGCAAACAAGGGCUUCAGCGUCAAGGGAAACAACGCCCUCACCAAGGUCUCAUUCCCUAAGCUUAAGCAAGUCAAGGGAAACUUUGAGUUCAACCAGAACGGUGCUCUAACCAAACUUCGUCUCGCCGCUCUCGAAAAUGCCGCCACCAUGUCCAUCACCGCCAACGGCAAGGAAGGUGCCUUGCUACUCCCCUAUCUCUCAUCCAUUGGAAACAGCACCACCUCGGCGACUUCUAAUUUCAAGGGUCUCGACAAGAUUGAGUUUUCGUCUCUUGGAAAGGUCAAGGGUUCUUUGACUUUUUCCUCAAACUAUUUCGAGGAUCUCACUAUUCCGCUGUUGAAAGAGAUGGAUGGUGGUAUCACCGUUGAAGAUAACCCAUAUCUCACGACCUUUGCUCUACCCAGAGCUACUUAUGUUGAUGAGUUGACUAUCGAUAGCAACGAUGAACUCACAAAUGUCACAGCCAACGCUCUCAAGUCUGCCGGCACUAUUGCGAUCAAGGGAUCUUUCACCAACGUUGAAUUUUUCAACCUGAAAGAGGUCACUGGAGACUUCAAGGUUGUGGGUGACAAGUCUAUGGACUGCAGCUGGUUUGAUGCCAAUGUCAAGAAGAUCGUCAAGGGCAAGUAUACUUGCGUUGGAGAUCACGAGGAGAAGCAGAGGAAGUCGAGCACCGGAGGUAUCGAGGACACUGAAGGCAACCCGAAGGACUAUAUGUCACCUGAAGACGAAGAUGACAGUGAUGGGAGCGGCAGCAGUGGGGGGAGUGGAAGUGGAAGUGGUGGUAGCUCAGGUACUGGCGGCUCUGACGACAAGGCAGGCUCAGGGGGAAUGUCAACUGGUGCCAAAGCUGGUCUCGGAAUCGGCAUUGCUAUUCUCGUCGUCCUCAUCAUCGUCGGAGCAGUAAUGUUCUGGCUCUGGCGUCGCCGUCGUGCCGUUUCACAGCCCAACAACGACAUUAGCAAGCAACCGGACUUGACGGGCCUCGAUCCACCCCGUCUCGGCAGCAGCGGCGGUACAUCAACAUUCUCCAGCAUCUUUGACGGGCGGCAAAAGAUGGGUGUCCACACUCGGAUUGUGGCCACGAACCCUUUACCCAGCCCAUCUCCUAGUCUGGGCACUUUGAAUUUCGGACGCACUUCGCUUAUCGAAAGCUCUGGUACCUUUACUGAGAAGAGCCUUGCUGCGUGGAAGACUAUUCGCAGAGUGAGUGAUUCUUCCGGUGCAUCUAAUCCUUUUGGAAAGGAGGGAGCUGGCCCGUUUAAGGGUUGA